GGAGUUCGGUGUCUUGCUUCUUCUCCCUACGUAUUAAACUCACGAGGCACAGGUCAACUAAGAUGGAACAACGAACGGCUUCUAACGAUCUUCCCCAAGGUGAUGAGGAACUGGGCACCCGUGUCAUUGACGAAAAGACCCACGAUUCAACCCACGUAGAAGAUGUAAAGGGACAAGAUGUUGGGCAGAUCUGCGGGCUCACCGAAGCUGAGCAGAAUAAAAUCAUCCGUCGUAUCGAUAUUCGUCUGCUUCCGAUUUUAGGCAUAAUGUACUCGAUCUCCCUCAUCGACCGAACGAAUCUCGGCCUUGCCUUAGUUGCGGGCAUGCAAGAAGAUCUAGGUCUGGCUGUGGGCAACAGAUACACUGUUAUUGUGAUGGUGUUUUUUGUUGCAUACAUUCUCUUCGAAAUACCUAGCAAUCUCAUGCUCCCAAAGGCCGGACCCGCCAAUUGGCUCUCGUUUCUCGGUGUAGGCUUUGGCGUCGUCCUUAUCGGCAUGGGCUUUACUAAGAGCUGGGGUGCGAUGGCAGUCUGUCGAGCUCUCUUGGGAAUCCUGGAGGCAGGUUUUCUACCAGGAUGCACCUAUCUGAUUACCUGCUGGUAUACGCGCUUUGAAGUGGGCAAGAGGCUUUCCGGCUUCUGGAUCCUCUCCGUCCUUGCCAGCGGCUUCUCUGCACUAUUUGCAUACGUUCUUACCCUUCUUCGCGGAAAGAGUGGAUUAAAUGGCUGGAGCUGGAUCUUCAUCAUCGAAGGCGCCAUUACCGUGGUUGUCUGUGCUCUAGGCUGGUUUAUCAUCAUCGACUUCCCAACCCAAGCCGGCAAGUUCCUGAAGCCGGCUGAGCAAGAGUUCAUCAUUGCCCGCAUCAACCAAGAUCGUGGUGAUGCUGAAGAAGAUCACAUCAAUCUGGCCAAGAUUCUGCAUCACCUCAAGGACUGGAGACUGUACUUUUGGGCAUUCAAUCUCAUGGCUUCAACGCUUCCCGGAUAUGCUUACUCCUACUUCCUUCCGAUUAUUCUUCGCAACGGUAUGGGCUUUAGCAGCACCCAGGCGCAACUUCUGUCCGCGCCUCCCUAUGUCUUAGCAGCUAUUGUGGCCUACAUUUCCGGCUAUCUCGGAGACAAGUACAAGAUUCGAGGGCCAAUCAUUGCAGUGCAUCAAGCUUUGACUGCAGUCGGGAUGCUGAUCACCGUUUACGGCAAGGCUGAUGGUGCUCGCUACUUUGGAGCAUUCCUUGGCAUCGGAUUUCUUCAGUUCUGCGUCCCUGGGGUGCUCACCUUUCAAGCGAACAACAUCACUUCGCACUCAAAGCGAGCUGUCUCAAGCGCCACAUGUCUCAUUGGAGGCGGCCUCGGGGGCAUCAUUGCAAGCACGGCUUUCAUGUCGAAAGAGAGUCCCCAUUAUACCAUCGGCAUCUGGACAACAUUUGCCAUCUCUAUGGCUAGUAUCACAAUGAUGAUCAUCAUGGAUAUCUACUUGUGGCGCUGCAACAAAGCAGCAAAAGCAGGGCAACGCAGGAACGAGGGCAUGGAAGGCUGGCUGUAUACACUGUAAUAGGAUCAAGAAUUCGCUUAGCCUAACUGUGGGUUCUUGGUAAACUUCUCUUCUGUAUGAUACAGCCUAUUCUUGGGUCGUAGGUAGAUCUCAACGCUGCCUGUCUGUUACCUCGGUAAUACAAAGUGAUUGUGUUCCUCCUUA